UGUGUCAUCCAGAAAAUAAAAAAAAUACCCUAUGUACAUGUUAACAAGGUAAAUAAACAGUUCACUAGACUUUUACCAGAGGGGAUCUUUCAGGGUUUAUGCACUUUAUUUCAACACAAGUGUAUAUCAGCUCAUGUGACACAUCUAUGAUUAAUCCCUCAUCACAUGAAGGACGUGAUGAGUAGAAUGUGAUCUUUACCUUUAUAUUUUUGCGCCACAUGGAACAUUUCAUACAGGGAGACUUUGAAGUGACAGUGAACUUGGAAAGUGACACAAUAGCUACUCUGAAGAACAAGCUGGCAAAUGAAAGUGGAAUUCCUUCACAUGUCCUUCAUUACAAAGGUGACACUGGCAGUGGCAACACACUCCAAAGUUGUGGAAUCACAGAGGGGUCAACGUUGUACUUCUCGUUGUCCACCUUCUCUGAGGAAGCUCAGGCUGCCACUGCGUUCUUCAUUGAUGAUGUUGUGCCCUCAGUCCAACAAACAUCCAAAGGAAUGAGUUUCUUGUUGUCAUCUCUCUACAUCAUUAAAUGCAAGCUUUCAAUGGAUUCACAGAAGAAGUUGAUUGGCUAUAUCCGAAAACUGACUGGAUGUAACCCUCUGGCCCAAAGUUUGCAUCAGUUACUCUGUAAGAAUGAAACCAUAUCCAGGACCCAGAAGAUUGCAGUGGUUGAAGGCCUGUAUGCUCUCUUUCGAGAGCUUUUGCCACGUCUUGGAAUGAAUCAAGGGGAAAAGAUCAUUGAGGACCUUGAUGUCUUUGAGUAUUCAACCUACUGCUGGGCAUAUCUAAUGUCAGAGGCUAAGGAGACAUCAGAACAUGAGAAUUAUGCACCGUAUGGUCUGAUGGCAGAAGACGGCAGUCGCUUCUGUGAACCAGUCACUGUACCUGGAAUACCAGGUGCCAUGGAAAGAGCAGCUGUACUGCAGAAAAUUAAAGAUGGAGAGAGGAUUCCAAACUGCAGUGAUGAGGUUUUGCGAGAAACAUCACUCAAGAGAGCUACCAACAUUGAGAAAAUUUUGCUCAGUGUUCAUCCUUCACUCACAACCUAUCAUGUUUGGAUUUCUCAUGACAGCGUGACUGGUCAGAAUUUUCAGAUAAAUACUGGCAGGACUUUUGGAAGCAUGGUAGAGGACUUGAAAGCUUUCCCUGACCUCAGUGUGACUCCACCACUGCUGCUGAAGGAUUUAGGGUGUCAAGACCCACAUCUUGUUUUCAUAAGUGAAGAUGGGUGGGAUUAUGGGUAA